UUUCCGGCGAGCGAGCGAGGGCCGCCGCCACCUCCCCGGCUCCUGGCUCCUUAACCAAACAGCAAAGUUCACUAACCACACCCCAGUCCACCUCCUGCGAGCGCGCUUCGACCUCUCCCUCAGUCGCAGAUCAGGGCGAAGAAGGAGAGGCGGCGGCGCGUCGCCUUUGGCCUCCAGUCCAACAGCAGCCGAGGCACCUUAAAAGGAGGCGGAAGCGGCUGCUUGGCGGCGGCGCUGCUGCUGCUGUUGCGAGAGUUUGGGCGGGCGAGCGCAAAGCCGCGCCGGAGCUGGAAGUUUCGAGCUCGCCAGGGCCCCGGAGCCGAGAGGCAGUCUGGGCUGCGACGCGGAGCCGCCGAGGCGGCGAUCGGGGCUACAAAAAUUCCGGGUAGAUAUGCCAGGAUCGAGCAACGCUUUUAUUCCUACCCUGAACGCCAUCACCACCAGCCAAGACUUGCAGUGGAUGGUGCAGCCCACUGUGAUCACCUCCAUGCCAAGUGCCUACUCUCGCUCGCAUCCCUACAGCCAUGGCCUGCCAAAUCUGUCCUCGGUUACCGGACACACAGCUCUUCAGAGACCGGGUGUCAUUAAAACCAUUGGGACCACGGUGGGCAGGAGGAGGAGAGAUGAGCAGUUGUCGCCUGAGGAAGAAGAGAAGAGAAGGAUCAGGAGAGAGAGGAACAAACUAGCAGCUGCUAAAUGCCGUAACAGGCGCCGAGAGCUGACUGAGAAACUUCAGGCAGAAACCGAGGAGCUGGAGGAAGAGAAGUCUGUGUUGCAGAAGGAGAUCGCCGAACUCGAGAAAGAGAAGGAGAAGCUGAGGUUCAUGCUGAUGGCUCACAGCCCGAUGUGCAAGAUCAGCCCUGAGGAACGCCGAACCCCGCCAUCUCACAGCCUCCAGACCGUCCGGACUGGAGUGAGCAAUGCUAUAGUGGUGAAGCAGGAGCCCGUAGAAGAAGAGAUCCCCUCCUCCUCCUCUGACCUCGAGAAAGGGCAGAGAUCAGUCAUUAAACCUAUCAGCAUCGUAGGGGGCUUUUACGGGGAAGAGCCGCUCAACACUCCCAUUGUGGUGACCUCAACACCCGCCAUCACCCCCGGAGCAUCCAGCUUGGUCUUCACCUACCCCAGCGUGCUGGACCAGGAGUCUCCUCUCUCCCCCUCGGAGUCUUGCUCCAAAGCUCACCGGAGGAGCAGCAGCAGCGGCGACCAAUCCUCGGAUUCCUUGAACUCCCCGACUCUGCUGGCACUGUAACCCCUUUUCCCUUUUGCCCCCCACCACCCCACCCCACUCAGUUACUCUGGAGGGGGAAAACCCCGCCUUUGAGAUCAAAAGACCAGCACAAUGACUUUUUACUUUUUUUCCCCACCAAGCACAAGGGCGGCAAAAGCAAGAAGAGGAAAACUGUGUACGUAGCUCCAGAAACUUCCUGGGACGGGAAGAACCAGAACAAAUGUAAAGCCAUAUAGGAGUGGGGUGGGGAAGCAGAAGUCGCAUUACUGGGACCCAAGUGCUUAGACUACAUGGUGUGUGCGUGUGUAGAGGUGGGUGGGAGAGCCAAGCUCCCCAUCCAAAGCUUAGUGCGAACGGAUGUGAGCUUCAGUAAAUCGCUAGCCCGUUUCCCUGUCAUGCUGAUGAACGGACUGGCGAAACCAGGUUCUCUUCUGUGCUAAGUAGUACAUUCCAGUUAGUUUGAUCUCAUUUGGGCCCUCACCUUUUUACUUUCUGUUGGAUACCAUGACAUUUCGAAAACUCUAACAACAAAAAAAAGGCUUGUGGCAAUUGUCAUUAAACCGCUGCUGAUGUUAGGAUCUGCCUACGCAGGAUUCAUAACUGUUGUUGGGUGAGGGGGUGGGCUUUUUGGAAUAGAUGGUACAGAGCCGAGAGGGGAAUAAAAUAACAGGUCCAAACGGUUCUUUUCAACCACAACAAAAACACCCAACAACAACACUCCUAGCACCUUUGUUUUGGGGGAAGUGGGGUAGCAUGGAAAGAAACAAGUGUUGGAUAUUCUGUUGACAAAAAAAAAAGAGUCUCCUCGAAAGAGUAUGCAGAUAAACACAUUAUUUCUUGGUGCGUUGCAAAGGCCAUGACUACAGCGUGCCUCCACAUCAGUGGACCAGGAUUGGUGCCAAGGGAACUGGGGAGGUGCCAGAGUGAGUUUCCACUAAGCCUUUUUCUCUGGCAUGGGUUGUUCUGUAAUUGGCGUUUUGUCAAAUCAGUGGCUGGACCCUACGUUGCCUUUCCCCUUGGCUGCCUGCCACCUUGAGUGUGAUGCCUCCUCUCUCCCGGCACACCUGACUCUGACGCUGGGCUGAUCUCAAACAAAAGCCACCGGCUCCCAGCUCUAUGAACCGUUGCAGUGCAGCAGUGCUGCUAUUCUUCUCUUGUGGCUGGUCCAGGAAAGGGAUUCACUGAGGGCAAAAGUGCAGGAAGCAAGUUGGGUGCUCCCUUGGAUAAUCCUUCUCUCUCUCUCUCUCUCUCUCUGUGUGUGUGUGUGUGUUGCACUUCGCCCGUCAGUUCCUAGCCAAAGUUUGUGUGUGUUGCAAUUGGAUGACUUCAGGCCUUGUAGUUCUUUGGCUCCCUUUCUGGUCCUGGAGACAUUAGCAGAAAAAUAGUUUUCGUGCCUGGGUAUGGUCCUCUGCCGCACUCUUGUCGCUGCACGUUCAGGUGGAUAUAUGGCUGUUUGAAAACCUGUGCUCACUACUGAAUGGGCAGCGGGCUUUGCUUUUUCUUGCAUCUUCUGUGGUGCCCAGACAAAAUCCUCUUGCACUUAAAACAGCGCAGCUGCUUGGGUUUGCCGAGAUGAAUUGGAGAGAUGUUUGCUGGGUUUUCCCCUUGUUAGGUUAAGGCUUUAUUUUGUAUAGAGAACAUCCCUUUUAGCCCAAGCUAACUAGGGUUCCAGUCGUGAGCAUAUUUAUGUUUGCAGGUUUCCACUAUCAUUUUUGUUUUCAUUUGACCUCAGGAUUUAUUAGGCAAGAUGGCAGGUGGAUACAUGAUUUCACUGUGCUCUUUGGAGACCAGCUUCCUCAUCUGGGGGAAUCUCUUCAAGCCAUGUUAACUCCUUUGGUGAGCUUCGCUGCCUUCCUUGAGACUCUGCCUUAAAAGCUGGGGAAUUUGCUUAAGUCUUUUGAGUGUUUCCAGUGAAGUCAGUGACUCAACUCCCAUUGACUGGUUGUUGUUGUUGUUUUUAAUGCAUCUGGAUAUCAGCCAUAGUGUUAGGUCAGCUGCUUGCAUGUCAUUGUGAAAGGCCAGAGGUUCUCAAACUGUGGUUCACAGGCUGCUGGCAGCCCACAAGCUCCAUUCAUGUUGCCCAUCGAAAACACUGACCAGCAAGAAUACAUGACUUCACAGAACGUUGCUCAGAAAAACAGGUACAUCCAUCCAAUUAGUAAAGCAAGACUGUGCUUUAUUAAAAUGCAAGGUAUGUAUUACUUUGCUUUGUAGAACAAAAUAAGUUUAUUAAGUGGUCUGGUGAGACCACCAGCAAUUUUCAAGUCCAUCUCCCUCAAAAAGUUUGAGAACCACUGUCCUAGGCUAUUUGUGUGAUUGGAGCUUCAGGCUAGUCAGAAUAAACCAAAGCCAUACUUAAUAACAACUGCAAUGAGAAGAAGCCAAAUUCUGUAACCUGAAUCAAGCAUGCACAUAUUUGAGUAUAAUUUUGAAAUUCACAUUAUUUAUAUUUCCUGUACUGGCCAUGGGGAGGAGAAAAGAGCUAUGCAAAGCGCUGAAAAAACUACCUCUGUCCACUGGCGGUUGCGCUUACAGCCCUUCUGUCCUCUUAAAGGUUUACCAGGCAUUACCUACAUAUUUCCAAACUUCUCUUUGCAGAAAGGAAAGGUACAGUUUUGGGUUUUGGAUGACAGCACAAACUGCAUAUCCAUUUCGUGGAUACGGCCUUUAAUACUAAGCUGCACUUCCACCGCACAGUUGCUUAAACUCAGAGUAAAUGAGCGUCGUGGUAGUAACUCUUCAUAUUUAAAAGCAAAACUAUACUGGAAAGGCAUUUUGUUCAAGAUACUAAAAUCCAGGCAUUUUUCUUCUGACAUUUCCCUUUUUAGACAGCGCCACUGGAAGAGACUCAGGCUUGUAUUCAGGGCAAAUGCUGUUCAGAGUAGACCUCUUGGAAAUGAAUGAACCUGGGCUAGCCAGGCCAAUUAACGACAGUGAGCCUACUUUGAGGACUAGCGUUCUUGGUUCUAAGCAUCAUUUAAAAGAAAAUAUUCUAAGCAUAACAGGGAGAGCAGAAAACGCCAUCAUCUGACUGUAGCAUUUUUUUAAAUAAAAAAAUUAGCACAAUAUACCUUUCACUAAAAUCACUGAUGCAGUCUCUGAAAUACUGCUUGUCUCAGCAGGCCAAGAACAUUUUUU